AUGACGUCUGCGUAGGCGUUUAUGAGCGUUAUGGCGGCUCAUGCUAGCGAGCUUGAGAUUGCAAAGAAAAAUUUAACUGAUGCAAUCGGCGAUAAUGUCAAACAUUAUUGGGCAAACCUGAAGCUAUGGUUCAAACAAAAGAUCAGUAAGGAGGAGUUUGACAUUGAGGCACGUCGCCUGUUGGCACAGGAGAAUGUCCAUGUUCACAAUGAUUUCCUCCUGGCCAUUCUCACACGCUGCCAGAUCAUUGUCUCCACGCCAGAGGGCGCUGGACCGCUACAGUGGCAAGGUGGCUCUGCUUCAAAGCCUGGCAAACCAAAAGGGAAGAAGAAAUGUUCCUCUAGACAAAAAUUUGAUCAUCGUUUCCAGCCUCAGAACCCUCUGAGUGCCGCCCAGCCCUUCAGCCCACGAGAGGUGGGAGGUGAGGAAGAGGAGCUCCGUCUCAGCGCCCACACUCUGCUGCUGCCCACACGAGGCCAGCUGGAGGCCCGCAUGAUGGUGACGGCAUUUGAGCUGGGCCUUGACAACAUCACAGAAGAUGCCGUCAGCGCCAUGAUCCAUGCUGUUGAGCACCAUCUGAAAGAUGUCCUGACGGCUGUAAUCACCCGGAGGAAGGCGUAUCGGUUACGGGAUGGUCAUUUCCCGUAUGCCUUUGGCAGUGAUGUCACGCCGCAGCCCUAUCUGAAAAACAGCCUCGCUGCUUACCACAGUGUUACUGAAUGUCCUCCACCAAGUGCUUCUCUCCCUGCUGGCCCACCACCUCAGAUGUCACCUGAUGAGGCUGAGCAACAAGCUGUCCAUUUACUGGCUUGUUCAGCUGACAGCCUUCCAGCUCCCCUCUCUCCAAUCAGCUUGUUUGAUCUCCUAGAGGCUUUACAGGUUCACCAUGGUGUGAUGCCCUCCCACACUAUGUACGCCCUCAACAUGGAGCGCAUCCUGUCGCGGCUCUGGCACCCCAGCCACGAAGAAUUAGAACAAGACCACGUUCACCGGCAACGCCUGGCUGCGAAAGAAGGCGUGCUGGUCAGCUGAGAACCACUGACGCUGGACUGUGUAUGAACUGUGGGAUAUCAUCAGGAAGCAAACACAAAUAUAACCCCCAAACAGAAAUAGAUGGGCAACAGUGUGUUCAGGAAACCUUGUAAGACCUGGAAAAUCACAUUCAUGUUGCACUGAAAGAUAGAGGAUGAGUGGAACAAGAUGAAACAAAAUAGUUGGACAGUGGACACAGAGGGGGCAGUCAGCUCCAGCCAAUAGCCAAUAGCUGGCAAAUUAUCACUGCAGCUGCUUUAUUUUUGUCUGGUCCACCAGCCAUUUUGGCAGUCGACUAGCUAUCGUUUUCAACUUCUGUCAUAUAGUGAAAAUCUAAUUUUGUGGAUAUAAUAUUUGUGUUUAAUUUUAGGAUUUAACAGCAGCUAUGAGCACCGGACAGGAAAAUAAGCUUCCAGCCCAGGUCGCACAGUGUUAGUGUUUAAGUGCAGGAGGGUAAGAAAGCCUGAACAGAGUGAAACACGGCUGCAGUUCAUCUUGUUCGUAUUGUCAGAUAUGCAACGCCGCUGUUGAUUAAAAACACCCUGUAAGAAAACAGGUCAUAUCUAAUCAUGUAGUAUUGUGUGCAUGACCAGGUCUCAACAUACUG